AUGUCUACGCGAAAACAACACGCCCUCAUCCACCGCGGAGACUUCAAUGCAGAAUCCCGCAAACACCCCGUGCUCCGCUGGACGGAGGAACUGAUCGAAUGGUUCGACCAGCCGGACCACAGCAACGCCGGCGACUUCUUCGACGAUGACUACUCGGUCAAAACGCCGGACGGCGAAUACUGGGACGACGGGCUGGACGGAUACCAGCAGGCGCUCGUCAAAUUCUACCACGACCCCUUCCCCACGUACAAGCAUUUCCCCUUCACUAUCAUCACGACGGAGCUGGAGGGCGGCAAGGGGCACGACUUCUUCGGGCAUUUCGAUUUGUAUGUCAACCUCAAGGGGACGCCGGCGAAGGGGGAGAAGAAGGUGAGCGACCAUCAUGGGAAGGAGUGGGAUGCGCUGGUGCCCAUAUUCUAUCAUUCGGAGCUGAUUCACGUGCCUGGCGCGCCUCAUGAUGGGAUGAAGCUCGGGCACGUCAAGAUCUUCAAGGAUACGGGCGUGGUGAAUGCGUUGCUUCAGGCGCGUGGCGAGAAGGGGAUCACGGCAUAG